AUGGCUGAGGCUUUCCAUGACGAACACUUAAGGACAAACACUCCUGCACCCCACGAGCUACACACUCGCAAUACGGGCAGUGCCACUAGCGCCCCAAAGCAGAAGUGCCCUGGGGAUGGGGGAGCCAGGCUCUGCUCUAGCUGCCAGGUGUGGCUGAGCCCCACAGGGAAAAGCCUCAUCUUUUGGGGUGGUGAUCCGGGUGACCUUCCCUGUACAGGAGGCACCUCUGAGAGGAGCUGUGGGCUCUGUCCUGCCGGCUUCUUCUGCCCCGGCCUGGGCCUCAGCUCAGCCACCAGAUCCUGCAUGACUGACUCCGACUGGCCCUUGGAGCCCACAGUUCUCCCCUGCCCUCAGGCCCCAUAUUGGCUGAUGGUUAGAAGAGGGGACAUCCCAAUACAAGGAACAAAGAUAACAAUUAGGGGCCAUGCUCUGAGAACUGGGACCAUGGCUAUCACCAGGGCAGGAACCUGGUCCCCUGUUCUGUGUCCCCCAGGGACCUUCACUCCCCAGAAUGUAUCAGGCCUCCAGAAAGAGGGCGACUGUUCCACCUGUCCCCCUGGUCACUACUGCAGGGUUGGACAGGUGUGGGGGAAGUGUCCUGCUGGUUACUUCUGCCCUCCUGGUACCUCUGAAGUGAUGGCACCAGGCUCCAGGAAGUCCCAGACCCUAUGCCCCCAAGGACAGCUAUGCAUGGAGCAAUGCCCACCAGGGUUUUACUGCCCAGAGGGCAGCGGAGAGCCUAUCUUGUGUCCCCCUUACACCCUGACGGCUACCCCAGGAGCCCAGCAGAAAGAGGACUGUGGGCCUUGCCCACCUGGGCACUGGUGCAGAGCAGGAGCACAGACUGCACAGCCCUGCCCCGCUGGCCACUACUGCCCCGGAGAGAAUGAAACCCACCCAGGAGCUCCCCAGGCUUGCCCUAAGCACACCUACCUGGCAGAAGAAGGAGGCCAGAGCCUGGCAGAGUGCCUUCCUUGCCCCUCUGGGUACCACUGUCCAUGGCCAGGUCUCUCUUCCUUCAAAGACCACCCAUGUCCUCCUGGCCACUGGUGUCCUGGCACACAUGGUGCCCUCCCCUGUCCUCCUGGCACCUUUCAAACAGAACCAGGAGCAUCUGCACCAGAAGACUGCGAGCUCUGCCCCCCUGGCUACUACUGCCCUGACAGUGAGCUGAGGGGCCAGGCCAACGUGUUCCCCAUUCCCUGUCAGGCUGGGUUCGAGUGCCCAGCAGGUGCUGUGACUGAGGUUCCCUGCAGGGCUGGCUCCUAUUGUGGACCCCAGACUGGGGUCCCCCCACUCUGCCCAGAAGGGUUUGCCUGCCCUGCUGGCUCCUCCUCCUACCCCGACCCAGGGCAACGUUGUCUGUUUCCCUAUUACUGCCCCUUGGGCAGUGCCCAUCCUCGUACGUGCCCUGGGGGCUCUGAGGCCCUGAACAGGAGUGGCCUCAGGGUCUCUGCUGAGACUUGCUGCCAACAGUGUGCAGCUGGCACCUACCAUAGCCAGGCACUGGAUGCACUACCCUGCCAACCCUGUCCUGCUGGAUUCAGCUGCCGCCAGGGUAGCUCCUCUUGUACAUGCUGGGGCACGAACAGGGUCUUCCAGAAGUCAGAUGGUUCCUGUAUCUGCCAGACAGGACAUGUGUCCUACAAUCACAGGGGACUGGAAAGUGGCCAAGAUAGUGACAGCAAGCAGGAUUGCCAACCCCAGGUCUCCCAGCGCUGCCCACCUGGAGACAUCCGCCUGGCUGCCACCCACAAGUGUGUGUCUCCCCAGAUGCAUGACUGUGAUUCCUUCUGCCGACCAGGUAGUGGGGAGCUCAGCGCUGACCUGGGCAUCUGCCAGUGCCGGGCGUAUGUCUCAGCUGAAGAGCUCUGUGACACCCAGUGUCUAGCUACAGCCCCUCAGCUUUCCUUGGCCUGGAGCUCCAGCAAGAAGUUAAUACUCAGCAUUAAGAAGAAGGCAGGGAAUAUCAUCCAGAGGGAGGUCUCUAGUACUCUGGGCCCUGACCAGCCCUUCCCAGGGAGUGCCAGAGUCUACUUGAUCGAGUUUGGCCCCCACGGAAUCUUUGGCUUCAUCAUCUCCAGUGUGGACAUGGUUGGCUCCUUCCUCCAAGACCGUUCAGCUAGUCACUACCCUGUGUACCAGAGGCAGCAUCUGCUCAAUAGCAACCCCCACUGGGACUUUGGAGCCUUCAGAAGACUCUGCCACCUGGUACAAGAGACACAGUUCAACCUCUCAAGGUUUGCCCACCGGUUCCUAGAUCCAGGCACAUAUGUAUUUCGUGACAAUGGGCAGUCUGAGAGCAUUGCUGUGGUGCAUGUGCAGGAAGAGGGGGCAGUCUGCAGCCCUGGUCUGGCCCCCAUUCAACCCUCCUCCCCAUAUCAACUUGGCAGGCUUGGCAUCCUCCGGCGAGAGCUGCUUCUGGCCCCAGAUUGGGCAGCAAUCACCGGUAUUAACCUGGAUAGGGCAGCCAGGACUGAGGGUCUGGAGGGCCUCUGUGUAGCAGUGCCACAGGUAUGAGUCAGCCCUUCUGAAGUCUGGGCAUAGCCCCAA